UACCAAAUCAUCAACCAGAAGCCGGUCGCUCUGUCACUCAGUCUCGCUCACUCACACACUCACUCACUCACUCUCAGACAAGAAUUUCUCUUUCAAGCUUUGAUUCUCCAGAAACCUUCCAUUUUCCCUUCUGCUUCCAAUUCUUCGGCCAUUGAAGGAGACUUUGGUGCCGACGCGGCAGCCCAAAGCGAGGGACUUCUGAAACCCAAGCUCGAUGGACCCCUCUGAGAGUUCCAAGCCGUUGAAAAUUACCUUCAAUGGACCCGCCGACUACUGGACCGACGCACUUCCCAUCGGGAACGGUCGUCUCGGCGCCAUGGUUUGGGGUGGCGUUGCCUCGGAACUUCUCCAGCUCAAUGAGGACACACUCUGGACUGGGACUCCUGGGAGCUAUGCUGAUCCUAAUGUUCUGAAGGCACUUCCAGAGGUUAGAAGUCUCGUUGAUGAUGGCAAAUAUGCUGAAGCUACUGCAGCGGCAGCCAAGUUGUAUGGAAAUACUGCGGAUGUUUACCAACUACUUGGUGAUGUCAAGCUGGAGUUUGAUGAUUUUCAUUGUAAUUAUUCUGAAGAGACAUAUCAAAGAGAGCUAGACUUGGACAAUGCAACUAUUCGAAUAAAAUAUGCAGUGGGUGACAUAGAAUUCACAAGAGAGCAUUUUGCUUCAUAUCCACACCAGGUGAUUGUAACUAAAAUUUCUGGAAGCAAACCAGGGUCUGUAUCUUUUGCAGUGUCUGUAGACAGCAAGCUAAGUCAUCAUUCUUAUGUAAAUGGAAAAAGUCAGAUUAUAAUGGAAGGAAGUUGUCCUGGAAAAAGGAUUCCACCAAAAGUGCAUGUAAAUGAUAACCCAGAAGGCAUUCAGUUUUCUGCUGUUCUUGAUUUACAGAUUAGUGAUGGGACAGGUGUGAUACAUGUUGUAAAUGACAAGAAGUUGAAGAUUGAAGGCUCAGAUUGGGCUGUUUUGCUUCUAGUGGCAUCAUCUUCAUUUGAUGGGCCAUUCACUAAGCCUUUGGACUCCAAGAAGGAUCCUACUUCAGAGGCUCUCAGUUCUUUGAAGUCAAUUAGAAAUCUAUCAUAUUCAGAUCUUUAUGCUUGUCAUCUAGAUGACUAUCAGAGUUUGUUUCACCGAGUUAAACUGCAGCUCUCAAAAAGCUCCACAGCCUUUGUGUCAUAUGGGUCCCUAGGGAAGAAGAAACUAUCUAAUUUGAGUCUCAACAAAAAUCAAGAUAGCAAAAUUUCAACUGCAGAGAGGGUGAAAUCUUUUCAAACGGAUGAAGACCCAUCUUUAGUGGAGCUUCUGUUUCAGUUUGGUCGCUAUUUGCUUAUUUCUUCUUCACGGCCUGGAACUCAGGUGGCAAAUUUGCAAGGGAUAUGGAACAAGGAUCCUGAUCCAAAGUGGGGCUCUGCUCCUCACUUGAACAUCAAUCUUGAAAUGAAUUACUGGCCUUCCCUGCCCUGCAAUCUUAGUGAAUGUCAGGAGCCGCUGUUUGAUUAUCUUACAUCUCUGUCAGUCAAUGGAAGUAAAACUGCACAAGUUAACUAUGAUGCAAGUGGAUGGGUUGUACAUCAUAAGUCUGACAUAUGGGCAAAGUCAUCUGCAGAUCGAGGUGAGGUUGUUUGGGCUAUCUGGCCAAUGGGUGGAGCAUGGCUUUGUACUCAUCUGUGGGAGCACUACAAGUUUACAAUGGAUAAAGAUUUUCUAAAAGAUAAGGCGUAUCCUUUAUUGGAAGGAUGUGUGCAGUUUCUCUUAGAUUGGUUGAUCAAAGGCCAUGGUGGAUAUGUUGAAACCAACCCAUCAACUUCUCCAGAGCAUGAAUUUAUCGCACCAGAUGGUAGACUUGCUAGUGUGAGCUACUCAUCAACCAUGGAUAUGGCAAUUAUAAAAGAAGUCUUUUCUGCAUUUUUAGCUGCUUCUGAGAUCUUGGGUAGAGAAGGGAAGAAUCUAAUUGAGAAAGUGCAUAAUGCUCAGCAAAGGCUUUACCCAACCAAAAUUGCUAGAGAUGGUUCCAUCAUGGAAUGGGCACAAGAUUUUGAGGACCCAGAAGUGCACCAUCGACAUCUGUCACACUUGUUUGGCCUGUUUCCUGGUCACACAAUAACCAUUGAAGAUACUCCAGACCUAUGUAAAGCUGCAGAGCAGACCCUUCACAAACGAGGAGAGGAUGGUCCAGGAUGGUCAACAACUUGGAAGACUGCUUUGUGGGCUCGUCUUCAUAAUAGUGAACAUGCAUAUCGGAUGGUCAAGCGCUUGAUUAACUUGGUUGAUCCAGCUCACGAGAUAGCUUUUGAGGGUGGACUAUAUAGUAACUUAUUUGCAGCACACCCUCCUUUUCAGAUUGAUGCCAACUUUGGGUUUUCAGCAGCAAUCGCAGAAAUGCUCGUUCAGAGCACCUUGCAUGACCUUUACUUGCUUCCUGCCCUUCCCCGGGAUAAAUGGGCGAAUGGAUGUGUUGAAGGAUUAAGGGCACGAGGAGGAGUAACGGUAAACAUAUGCUGGAAAGAAGGAGAUCUUCAUGAAGUCAGUCUCUGGUCGAAGGACAGAAAUUCUCUCAAACGAUUACAUUAUGCUGGAACUAUCAUAGAUGCAGAUCUCCCACCAGGCAGAAUUUACACAUUCAAUGGACGGUUAGAAUCUGUAGAGACUUAACUUUUCCUUCAAGGGAAUGAUGGGAUUGGAAACAGAUAUCGUGUAAAAGUAUUUACCAUACACAAGUUAUAUGGUAUGAUAAUGUACUAGCAAAACUAAGGGAUCUCGAGGCCGAGUCAGGCAGCAAAAGAACUUUUCACCAUUGCUAAAAUGUUGGAGUAGAUCAACAGAUAAAAUGAAUGUGCAAAAAGGAAUUAUAGCCAUGCACUCCCAUGGCUUCUUGAAUAUCAUAAUGUAGCAGCUAAAUUGAAGGAUCUCGAGGCAGGGUACAGGCAGCACAAAAACCUCUCAUUAUUACUAAACUAUGGUUGCUAGCACAAAAGGUAUGGCACCCAAUGGGAAGUUUUUGUGUUGUUUAGCUACUACGUUAUAUCCUUAGGAAUCCUUGGGUGUACAUUGCUGUAAUUCCCUUUCUGCGCAAUUAUUUUAUCCAUUGAAUCAUCCCAUCGGUUUAUAUAAUGAGAAGUUUUUGUGCUA